AUGAAAGGAGGUAGAUCAAAGUCAGAUACCAAGAGUACUAAGCUCUCUGUGAACAAGAAACCUGCCAAAGGAGGAGCGAGGAAAACAGGAAAGGCAGUUAAGGAUCCAAACAAGCCUAAGAGGCCUGCCAGUGCAUUCUUCGUCUUCAUGGAGGAGUUUAGAGAGCAGUACAAGAAGGAGCACCCUAAAAACAAAUCAGUUGCUGCUGUUGGGAAAGCUGGAGGAGAUAAAUGGAAGUCACUGUCAGAUGCUGAGAAAGCACCCUAUGUUGCGAAGGCUGAUAAAAGGAAAGUUGAAUAUGAGAAGAAGAUGAAAGCCUACAAUAGGGAGCAGGCUGAAGGACCAAAGGAGGAAGAGGAGUCUGAGAAGUCAAUGUCUGAGGUCAAUGAUGAAGAUGAAGAUGAUGAGGAGGGCAGCGCAGAGGAGGAUGAUGAUGACGAGGAAGGAUAUGCGUACCGCUCCCUUUAUUAUGCUCUUUCUCUGCUUGAUGAUUCAUUUAUUCAAUUCCAUUUCUAUGCCUUUUGUCCUUGUCUGAAGAAGGAAUUUGAUCGAAUGGCGUCUGAAGAGAGAUUUUACUGGUGCCAAUCAUCCUUUCGCUCCUGCUGUGUAUUGUCAUCUUUAGGUAUAGUAAUGGCUUUGUUAGUCACACAAAGCAGUGGGAAAAAACAACGAAGUAAUGCCGGGGAGACGGAUGGGUUCUUGAACCUACCAGAACCCAUUAUUCAUCACAUUUUCUCCUUCCUUGAGAUGGAUGACAUAGCUCGAAUUGGUGUGCUAUCAAAACGAGGUAGACAAUUGUUUGUUUCUAGUCCAUAUCUGAAGUUUGUAUCAAAAUGUCUGUACAAUGGUCUCCCGAAUUCCUGUAAGCAAUUUAGUGAUCUAGUGGAUGGGUUUCUGAGCCAGCGAAAUGGGUUGGAGAUACGGUGUCUUUGCCUAGACUGGUAUUGCCACAACAAUAACUGUGAUGCAGAUGAAAAUCUUAUUGAGAAAUGGAUCGAUGUUGCAGUGAAUUGUCGAGUUCAGGAGGUCGACCUCAAGGCUGCGGUAGAAAAAGAUCCUCUCUUUGAGUCGGAGGAAAUUCCCAUCUUUGAGCUGCCGCGGUGUCUGUAUAGUUCUGAAACUUUAAGAGUCCUCAAGUUAGAUCUGGAUUAUAAGCGUCUCAAAGAGCCCGAGGGAGUUUUGGUUUCUCUUGAGGAACUCUCCCUGACUAAAAUGGUAGGUUCUGAUUGUGAAGAUGUUUUGAAAAAACUGAUUUCAACCGCAUGCCCGUCACUUAAAAGGUUGACUCUUUUCGGUUUAGAAGACAUAAACAGCCUUAGUAUCAAUCAUCCGUGUCUUGAAGAAUUAACGUUGUUUGGUCUCAAAUAUGAUCUCUUGGAAAUUGACAUUGCAACUGAGAGGCUGCAGAAGUUAUCUUUAGACUUGGAUUCCUUGUUUCCUGGAUACACCUGCACCAUGAAAAUUAAUGCUCCUAAUCUCCAAGACUUGGAGUGGACAGCCGAGACUGCGAAUAACGUUUACUUGAGCCAGUUCAAUGUUCUGAACAAUGCUACUCUGAACAUUGGUACUUUCAAUGACUAUGUCGACGAGGUAACUAUUCGCAAUCGCAUAACCGAGCUUCUCGAGGCUGUGUGCUGUACAAGAGUGUUAGAACUAAAUAGUGAUGUUCUCGAGACUCAGUUCCUUCACAAUUGCCCUGCGGUUGUGUUCGAUAAUCUUCAUCGCUUGGUCGUUACGGCGAAUGGUUGUUUGAUGGACUAUCACUUUCCAGUUUUAGCUUCCAUUCUCACGCGAUCACCUAAUUUAGAAAUUCUAUCCCUCUCGUGUAGUGAAAAUGUAAUACUACCUAAGUAUGCCAGGACAUUGAAGUUUAGUGUAUCCCAGUUCUGUAAUGAAGGAUUUCAUAACCUAAUUGGUCAUCAACUACAAGCCAUAGAAAUAGAGUUGAAAGGAAAAGGUCAUCAGGUUGUUGCAGUGGAAAAUAUGCUUAAGAUUGCAAAAGUUGAGAAAGAAUUUCAUAUUGAAGAGCACCUCGGGAUUGAUUUCCGUCGCAAUUUAGCCAAUAAACAAGGUUUUGAAGAUGAAGACGUGGAAUGGUUUUAG